GUGCUAGUUACUCCUCACAAAUUACCAUGUAUUUUUUUGUUAAACAAGGGGAGAAUUUGACAAGAGAGCAAGUGACACUGAUGACCAUGCGCCCUAACAAUACUCUAAUCAAGGCGUACCUUUGGGGGAUUACUCCCUAUAAUGGCCUUUACCAGAAACUCCACCUGCACGCUUUUAUCAGGUUUCAGGUGUAUGAAAAGGUAUGAACAUCACCAGUUGAAGUAUAUGAAAGAUUAAGGAAAUCUGUCAUUUUGGUCUGCAAAAAGGGCGAAAAGGGUGCUCAUGGUUUUGUGGUUUAUUCAUAUUUCAAAGACAGUGCAUUUACAGCAGUAAAAAGGGAUUAUGUGAAAGGGGUAUCUUUUCAGUCAAAAAUGGUAUAUAAACCAGUGGGUUGGACCUCAGGGUGGAGCCUCCCUGUAUAAAACUUUGUUGAUUGCCCAUAUUCCUGAUUCAUGUUGUUGCCUCCUGCUCCCCAUAUUUUUUGCAAGCUUCUGAUUUCUGAAUUUAAAUGGACAAAAAGUAAGAAAAAAGCUCUAGUUUCUAUUCCUAUAGCCCCGGCGAAAACAGCCAUUUCUUCUCACUCCUCGCUGCUUGGGAUGUUUUGAAGUGUCCCAAGAAGCAAACAGUGAGGAUCUGAAACUGCUGUUUUUGCAGGCUAUCAUUCUUAGUAAUUACUAGAAAAGGCAACAGUGAAAAUAUUUUUUAAAAUGCAACAUCUGAUUGUGUGAACUAGACGGUUUGAGGUGUUCAGAAAGUAGAGAGUGGGCGAAAAAGACUAGGGAGCCAGGCGUCUCCCCUAGCCUCAUUUCUCUCCCUUGUUUUCCCUGCGUACGAUUUAACUUUCUCCCCAUCAUCUCUGAAUGUUGGGAGCUACUAUCUGAUAACCUGGACCAGGCUAUGUGAAGUCAUGAGUGGGCUACCAUGAAAUAGGGCAGUGUAAAUUUCACGACAGGUAACUGAUCAAUAAUGCUCACUUACCUAGUUCUGUCACUAGGCAUUUUCAAGACCCUGGACUGCACAGCAAGAAAGAUUUUCCAGUCAAAACGUCAAUGCAUAAUGCAUAUCUUAGGGAAUUUGGAAAUUAAAUUUUUCAAAGUUCUCUUCAUAAGAUUUUAUUAUACUAAGAAGUAAAGACUUGGAAUAAGGUUAAAAUGAAAAUAACCAUAACUUGGAUGUUUUUAAUCACGAGUAAUGUUGAUGAUUGAAAUCGUUGAGAGCCACCUUAAAAUUGACUAAUCAACCCAGAGUUCUCUCCUUUAACAAGAUCGCAAGGGCCCUGGUUACGAGUCGACACUCGCGUCACGUUUAUUGAAAAUGGCGUACUUUUUGAAGCUCCAUAAACAGCGAGGGAUUUACACAAUUUUUGGCUUUGUAUCAUAGAUGGUUAUGCAGAUUUACGACCAUGUGAAGUAUGUUUAUAUAUACAGCGAGUGAUGUAUGAGAGCAUGAAUUCAAUACCCGGUUGGUCGUACACUCCACUCAAGCGAUGCCUCUUAUCAGAUGAUCCAUUUUUCGAGGUUGGGCUAUUUUCCUUACCGUACUAAUUUGUAAAUGUUUAACAAUACAUCCGAUUAUAGUUGCCUUGCCUAAAGUAGGAAGUCUUUUUUCCAUCUUCAACAACAUUAAACGCAGUUUGUAGAGAGUAUGUGGGAUUCAAGACAGCUAUUGCAUUCUUCGCAAUGCUGGCUGCCCAAACUCCCUUGAUGUACUACCCUGAAUUUCAACAGAGCAACUCAAGGAAAAAGCUAAAAAUCAGCUGCUUAAACAAAGAUUUUAUGAUAUUAGUUUGUUUCCUGCUUGUCAGUUGUUUUAAAAACAAUGAAGAAAUAAAUUUGAUAUUUUUAAAAUAUUAAUUAAACAGCUCUCAUCUUUAAUAAUUUUAUUUGCAAUAAUAUUUUUGUAUGUUAAUCUUUAAAAUGAAGGAAGGAGAGUUACUUUGUAACAUUUCAAGGAAGCAGUUGGAUAACAGUGAAGAUGUGGAACAUCUUGUUCAAAGGCAAGUUUACUUUUAUUAAUUACAGUGAAGUAACUGAAAUCAAGAAUGUGGCCUUUCAAAACACACACAGAUGCUCUUCUUUUUGCUAAACAGUUGAUAGCCUACACUGUAGCUACUUAGAACUUUGUAUUUCAUUGAAGAACUGGGGGUGUACUCCAGAGAACUUUAUGGUGUGGGGGAUAAUUGAGAGGGGGCAAAAAUAGAAAUAGAACGUUUGUGGUUAUAAUAUUAUUUCUUCAUCGUACCAUAUAUCGUUUUGGUAGUCCAGGACUUGCAGCUGACAAAUGUGCACAGUACUACACCAAAUUAUCUUCAGUUGUUUUGAAUACCCCCAAAACCCUAAUGUCGAGGCAGCCAAAAUAUACUUGACACAUUUUCCUUCCCCUAAAAAUUCUCAAAUAAAAAAUUUCAGAUCUUAAAAAAUUCUUUGUUCAUCCCUAUGACUUUACUCUGGAGUACCUCCCCUGGUUGAAGAACGCUACUCCAUAGAUGUUGUUUAUGCUACAGUGGUUAAGUGGCAAGGUAUUCUGAAGUUGCUCUUUUCUGAGACAAAACCUAAUUUACAGCAAGUUAUAAUAAUAUUAUGGGGAAUAAAAUGCUGCUGGAAAAGACAAUUUUAUUGACAAAAAUAUAUAUUUUAAUGAUCAAAAUAUUUGAAUUGAAUCUUUUUAGAACUGACUUCAAGUGCGACAGUUGUGGAGAAUGGUUUUCUAGUGUACCAAGGUAUGAAGGCAAAUUGUUAAAUUUAAACUUGAGAAUAACACCAAGUGAGUACAUUAAAAGUACCUGCAAGGCGUGUGUAGCCAUGUGCUGCAGCUUAGCAAGUAACAAUGACAACUCUGUGAAUAAACUACCACCUAAAUGUGGUUCCCAUCAUACCAAAGAGACCUUGAGAUAUACCAUUUCUGCCUACGGUUACAGCUGCAACAUAUAGGUCGUCAUAUUUGCCACAUAUUUAUAUAAAGGGCAAGCAUGAUUUCUCAGAUGUGCUUAUGACAUCACCUUUUUACCCAGUAACCUACCCAUUUCUCAGUCUUUCUUACGGCUAUGGAUAGGAGUAAUUUUCCCAUACCUGUACAGACAGGAACAGCAGUGUAUCUUAAGGUCUCUAAUAAGUCAAAGUAAAAUACAUGUACUUAUUAUAUAUAUAGACGCGAGUGUUUUACUGGAAAAUAUACCACUUGUAAAAUUCAUAAAAACUACAUCCGGGACCCGAGUGGUUUAUUUUCCAUAAUCUCCCAUGUGAGUUUAUCGUUGACGUAAUUUCGGUAAUUUCCCUCCAAAAUUUGUAGGGGUCUUGCGUCUUUUGAAUUUUACUUAGACAUUUUUCAAAGCUUUGCUUAUAUUUUGUCAUUGUAGAGCCCUAUUCCUUACAGUGUUAUUUCUCAAGAUUAUUGUACAUGUAAACAAUGUCUUAUAUUGCUGUACUGUAAAUUUGAGCCAUCACAAUUAUUAAUCCAUUAUUUUAUCAAUGUCUUUUUGUCUAUAUAAUAAAAAGAACAUUACAUGGCGGCUUGAAGAUAUGAAUUUUAUUUUGUCGUGGCAAAAACAAUAUUUUACUCACUUGCUGCACUCGUUCGUAAAAUUUUUUUUUGCCUUUCGAAAAUAAAAUUCAUAUCUUCGCGCCACCGUGUAAUAUCCUCUCUCUAUAUAUAACAGUGCGACUACUUUAACACUAUAACAGGGGGCCACUUGGACAGAAGUGAGCAUUAGAUUAUUCUCAGUAAACCAACAAUACAUGUACCUUUUUGAUCUCAUUCUUACUUACAUUUGAUGUUAGUUUGCGCUAAGAACUUUCCAUUCAAUGCAUUUUUUAUAACUUGGAAACAACGCACAGUGAUCAUGCUCAAGUCCAUUUAGCUAAAUACUCGGUAUUAAUUUUUCUUUGUUCUUACUUUUUUGUUGCAGUUAUGAAGCACACUACAACAGCUUGCACCGUCACACCUGUCUUAAAUGUCAGAGAUCAUUUCCAUCAACACAUCUCCUGGAGAUCCAUGUCCUUGAAAAUCACGAUGCUUUGUUCAGCAUGAUUGCCACAAGAAAAAACUUGGUAAUGUCAGUAACAGUUUACAGAAAUAUAUUUACCUUAUUAUACGAUAUUAAUGUUCCAUGAAAUCAACGCGAAUCGUUAAAAUUUGCGUUAAUUUAAGUCGCGUUAAUUUUGUCUUUUGCAUUAAUUUUCUUUAUUCGAAAGUCGUUUUCGAUUAAAUUUGCGUUAAUUUAAGUCACGUAAAAUUCCAAUACCUUAAUUUCAUGGACCGUUAAUUUCCUAUAAUAAGGUAUACUCUGUGGUACCUGCAAUAAGUAGGUUUAAGAUAUGCCUAUGCCCCAUAUUAACCCUUUUAUACAUUGUAAGUCCCAAGAUUGACCAACAUCCAUUUUCUCUGAACAAUAUCACUACAUACUCAAGAGGAAAGGUUAUGAUCUCAAAAUAUAUGAAAUAAUCACUUAAGGGAUUAUAAAGUGCUUUGAUCUUGCAGUAACAAAUUCUCUUCACUUAUUCUGCAAGAAAUGUAUGAGUUUUUUAUUCAUGAAAAAUAAAAUUAUAUUAAACAAAAGUAAACUUGGACCCAAAUAAGAUCCUGGACAGCUUAAAGUAGUAAUGGCCAAUGUGAAAAAUUCGCAAACAUUCCAAAUUAUAAUUUUAUCCCUUUAAUUUGUAAAUUCCUACAACAAUUUUUGUACAUGUAGUGCUUUGUCAUGUUUUCACUCUGCAGUUUAUUGUUAUGCCAAUGAAGUGAUAUUUUUACUCCACGGUUUUUGGCAGUGUAUAUUAUUAGUGGAGGUUGAUUAUUUUUGUGCUUAUUUUUAAGACUUAAAAGGUCAACUUAUACACCUGGCCUCAGUUGUUUAAAGGGUGGAUAGUAUUAUCCACUGGAUAAAUCUCUCUCUUUGCUGGAUAAUGCAGUUAUUAUUAAUAUAGGCUUUAUAAGGAUCAUUACAUUUCUGGGAAACUGCCCACCUACCCCUUCCCUAAGGCAACAUUUUAACCUAAAUGAGAAGCAAGUGUUAAUGUUGGCUUAGGGGAGGGGUAGGUGGGCAGUCUCCAAGAAAUUUAUAAUGGUCCCUUGCUAAUGAUUUACAGUGUAUCUGGUGGAUAGCACCAUUCAAUGUUUGAAUAACUGGGGCCAGGUUUUUCAUUUCCUAGUUAGACUGACAAAGCAUUGUCAAGAUAAUUAUUGUGAGGAAUUUGAACACAGAUUGUAUACAUGUACACUUUAGUUUGACAGCAGCUAAACAUUGUGAACAAUUACUUUUUACUUUUGUAAAAUAGUACAGAUGUCUUGUGGAGAGCUGUCCUGAUAGAUUUUCAAGUGAUAAAGAGAGAAAGGUGAUUUAGUAUAAAAGUAUGUUAAAAACUAUCUUAAUGUUUUUUUUUUGUUUGGUAGCCAAAGGGGUGGCUGUACACAGGCAAGUAUUAAUGUUAAUAAUGUUUUUUGGUAAUAAUUUAUAUUAGCAACUGACUCAUCUCAACAAAUGCACAAAAAAGUACAAAAUAAUAUAUUAUUGAGUGGGACCUACAAUUUACAUGUAUAUUAUAAAUGGACUUCAAAGUGUUUAACAAUUGUCUUGAAAUACAGUCUGUACUAUGUCAAAUGUUUGAUUUUACUUCUCGAACAUGAUUUCCAAACACUCAUUAAACAUCAAUUCCUGCAUGUUUUAGAUAUAAAUAAUAAUGAAUGAGUUUAUUUAAUAAGAAAGAUGGUUUAUAAAAUGUACAUGAUAACAUGACGCGAACUUUCAUAAAUUACUCACACAAACAAACACAAACAAAUUUUAUUAAUAAGGAGGUAAUGUAACAGAAGCAUUGCCCGCAGCUAGCAAGGCUAUUCAAGGUGGGACAGUGUGUUCAAAAUAAGAAAUUUAGAUUAAGGCUUAUAAGAACGAUCUACACACGUCCGACCAGUGUGCUCUCAGCACAGGUAACCAUUACAGAACUGUGUUUCUUGCCUAUUUUUGGAAGGUAGUGAAAGAAAUUUGAAUCUGAUUAAGAUUGUUUGUAAUCUGUCAACAGGACCAUCUGGUGUCUUUUCACAAGUAUCCCACGGACUUCAGAUUUAAUCGUCCAAGUAGACAGCAGCGGAAAAAGAAAACUUCAAGGUUUGAACCAAGGCACAGCGUAGCACCAUGAAAUAAAAUUAAUAAUAAUGAAAAUCGUGUUAAAUUCUUCCUAAACCUUCUACUAUAUUUAACUUAUCUUACUCAAAUUAAGAUUCUAGUUUAAGAUUGGUUGCCCUCUAAUAGACAGCCUUAGAAAAUUUUCAGUAGUAAAAUAUUAAUUUAUUACACUUUAGCCUAUUCCAGGCAUUCAGAUUGUACAAAUGUAAGAGUGGCUCUCCCCAGAAUUCUCUCGGUUUUUUCUUGCUUUCUUUACUUUGGCCCACCUGCCCCUUACUAUCUGAAUGCGUGGAACAGGCUAAUAGGCCACUUUUGAAUUGACAAAAUUCAGACUUGGCUCCGAGGCUGAGAGAAAUAAAACAAGACAGUAGUAAUCAAUGAGCCUCACUAUUUGAAACUGCCUAGUUACACUUUUUAUUCCAUUUUGAUUUAGUUCCCCAUCCUCUGAAGAACCUAUGGAAACAUCCUCAGCUUCACAGGUAAUAAUUAUAAUAAUGGUGAUUCUAAUAAUAAUAAUAAUAAUAAUAAUAAUAAUAAUAAUAAUAACAAUAGUAGUACCAAAAAUAAAUGUUCGUUGUAUUACAGUCAUUUAUUAAAAGUACUUGACAUCCCAAUGGAACACAAACUAAAUUUAAAGUUGAAAAGGAUAAAAUGUCCUGAUAGUUAAGAUAAUGAAAUGUACAACUUUUACUAAUGUUGUAAAAUAAUCAGUAUUUUUCACUUUUCAGGGUUUCUUCUGACCUAAAAGUGAAAAUUUAUUAUUAUUUUACAUGAUUCAGUUGAAAAUGCUAAAAAGGCCCAAACAAACACAUGUAUGUACAUGUAUCACCCAAUGCAUUGUAGGAGAUCCUUAAUUUUAAAAAAGGAUUCCUUGGUGAAUAAUGAUUGUGUUCCUCUUGGUAGAUUUCACUUUCCCUCUUUACUUGUAGGAAAAAGAGCCAAGUUCAGCCAGUCCAAACCCAAAACAAAGGUACAGUAGUUCAGUUGGUUUGAUUUACAGCCCUUAAUUAUUAAAGUUUUGAGUCUAAUCCUGUACUGUUACUUUAUACUGAAGUGGCCAUUAGCAACUUCUGAUAAUUAUAGUCUUUUAAAAUUAAUGCUCAUGCCAAAUUGUCUUGUAUUACUAGUAAUUGGCUUGUAAAUUUGACAAUACAAUGUAGAUCAAUUAUUUGGGCCUGUUCAGCAUUGUUUUUAAUGUGCAAACGUUACUUAUGACUAAUAUUUGAAUGUAAUAUAUUCCAUCUUGGUUUAUUCUUUAUGACACAAAUCUUUGAAUUACUUCCAGACUUCCAAGGACAAUAUGUUUUGGUAGAGGAUCAACCAGGGCUUUCCAAAGAAAUAUUCCCAAGAAAAGUAAGAAAAAGGCCAAAAGUAGUCAUCAAGAAAGUGGAGCAAAGAGCAAUUCUGCUGAGGUGUGUUUUAAUAGUAAUGCCAAACUUCUAUCAAACUGGGAGUGA